AGAAUGAGCUCAGCCCAGACACACAGAGGACAGAAGAACUGACAGAAGCACAGUGGGUUUGGGAGCAGUGCUGGAUCCUGAGCUCUUCCCCACAGAGGGAGGACAGGGCUAAUAACUGAUCAUGGAGCCCCCUUCAGCCCUUCUCUCAACCUGUGUCCCCUGGCAGGGGCUGCUGCUUACAGCCUCCCUCCUGGCCGCGUGGAGCGCGCCCGCCGGCGCGGAGCCAGCCAGCGCGGAGCCCGCCGUGGAGCCCCAGCCACGCGCCGUGCUGGAGGGGGGCGCCGUGGUCCUGCGCGCCCGCGGCCUGCCCGCCGGCCUCCUCGGCUUCGCCUGGUUCCGGGGCGAGGGCUCGCUGGACGACGACCUGCUGCUGGCCUACGACGCGCGGGCCGGGGACACCAGGCUGGGCAGGCGGCACAGCGGCCGCGAGGCGCUGCUGGACGACGGGUCGCUGACGCUGCGCAACCUCACGCUGGAGCAGGCCGGCCUGUACACGCUCACCGCGCGCUCCGCCCGCCUCGGCCCCAGAUCCGCCUCCGCCCACCUCUCCGUGUACCGUAAGCCGCGCUCCAGGCCCCAGCAGCGGCCGAGAGCCCGCGUGAGCAAGCCCUCCGUGAGCAGCACGCGCAGGGCCGCCGUGGAGGGCGGCGACGCCGUGGAGCUGACGUGCGGCCCCCGCUCCCCGAACACGACCUACGCGUGGCGGCUGAACGGCCGGGAGCUGCCUGGCGACCGGGCCGUCGCCCUGUCCCGGGGCAACACCACCCUCACUCUCCUCGACGUGUCCAGGCGCUUUGGGGGGCGCUACGAGUGCGAGGCCGCCAACCCGCUGAGCGCCUCCCGGAGCGACCCCCUCACCCUGGACAUCCUCUACGGCCCGGACACCCCGGAGAUAUUUCCCCCGGACAAGUACUUUGAGGAGGGACGGAGCCUGUGGCUCUCGUGCCAGGCCGAGUCCCACCCCCGGGCGCACUACUCCUGGAGCAUCAACAGAGGACCGUGGGAGGCCAAGGAGGAGGUGCUGGUCCCCAAGGCCAGCCUGCAGGACAGCGGGCUGUACGCCUGCCUGGCCACCAACCCGGCCACGGGCCACAGAAGCUCCAAGGUCAAGGCGGUCACCGUAGUGGAGGAAUUGCCAAAGCCCCACAUCCAGAUCAAAAACAAGACCGUCCUGGAGAACCACCUGGUCGACCUGACCUGCGAGCCGGAGAGGGCCGGCGUUUCUGUCUGGUGGACGUUCAACAACCAGAGGCUGACGGCCACAGACAGGGUGAGCUUCUCCCAGAGCAACAGGCGGCUCACCAUCGACCCCAUCACGAGGAAGGACGCAGGCAUCUACCAGUGCGGGGUGUCCAACCCCCUCAUCUCCAGGACCAGCGACCCCGUCAACCUGGCUGUGCUCUACGAGCCGAGCAGAGGCCUGCCGAUGUCCGCGCCGCUGGCUGCCGCCCUGGUGGCCGAGGUCCUGGCUGGGCUGGCCAUCCUCGCAGGCCUGGCCUACUUCGCAUUUUUCAAGAGACUCGACAGUCGGAGCCGCAAAGGAAAACGUAGGAGGAAACGAAAGAAAGAGAAGGAAGAGAGAGAGCGGCGGGAGACGGUAGGUCGGACAGCGUCUGCCGGGACCACGGUGGGGAAAGAGAGCCAGCCAGACACAAGCGUGUGCGAAGACCGCGUGCGGAGCCGCGAAGAGAGCAGCUCUCCGGGCCUCACCCCGCCGCAGCCCCCGCCCGGCACCAGGCAGAGGAACGGCGCGACAGGGACGCACGCCAGGCAGGGCCUGCUUAGCCAGGAGGAGGGGACGGGGAGGAAGGAGGCUCCGCCACGGCGCGCCAGGCGGCUCGGCCGAGGCGUGCCUGGUGGGAGGCAGGCGGCUCCGCGGCGGUGUGCGUGGUGUGACUGGUGGCUCAGCCAAGGUGUGAAGGAGACCCAGCUGAAGUGCGAAGGCACAGCCAGGACACCAAGCUGGAAUCGCCAGCUCCAGGCUCCUCCCCAGCUCAGGAGCCAAACAAGCACGCCGGUGUCUUCCAUGUCCUUAGGGCCAGGAGUGAGCGCUCGCGCGGCAGGGACGGCGGAGGCCGGCCACCCGAGGGUGGACCUGCCCCUCCCCGCCCUCGGCCGCGGGCCUCACCCCUGCCGGCCACGGGAGGCCAAGCCAGCGCCGAGCAGGCUGCCCCCGGGGACACCAGCUCCCUGCCCCCUGGAGGCCCUGGGCGCUCGCUCUCCCUCGGGAGCCCCGACUGUGUGCUCCGGGCACCAUGGCCGCUGCGUCCCUCCUCCUCCUCCUCGGAGCAUCACCGACAGUGUCCCCGAGCAAAGAAGAGCCCGGGCCCCCAGGACGGGGAGGACGACACCGAAGAACCCCAGCCCCCGGCCUCACCACUUCCCCUCUGGUCCUCACACGCUGGCCAAGCAGAGCAGACUCUGGAGGACGCAAAUUCUCUGAUGACUGUGGCAUCACCCCCUCCACCCCAUCACCACCUCCACCC